ACACUAUAGUACUCGACAUAUCUACAUACACGCAAGAAUCGAGAAUGGCUACUUACAGGUCUAUCAUCGAGGUCGAUCCUCACGUUGCGACGAUAUGCAACCCGACCAACACCGAGCCAGAGUUCCGGGAUAACGACUAUCAACCACCAGGGUAUACACAGCCGGUUGCCGACGUCCCCCCCUCCCCCACUGCCUGCGAGCGCGCGUUAACCACGAAGGCGCUUGUCAAGAUCCGCCAUCAGCCAUGGCACACUGAGCUUGACGGAGUCGAUCCAGGAGUACCUGAUCAUGAACGGACGGAGUUACCACAAAUACUUUGGCGACGAGAAGAACUACAUGCCGACGGACGACCGGGAGCAGGACCGGAUGGAUAUUCACCACCAACUCAUACUCCGCAUCCUGAACGAGGAACUGCACAAAGCUCCGGUGGAGAAUCCAAGAAGCGUGUUGGAUGUCGGCACAGGCACCGGCGCCUGGGCUAUCGAUAUGGCGGAUAAGUGGCCUAGAGCUAAGGUUACGGGGAUCGAUCUGAGCCCGAUUCAACCGAAAUGGGUCCCGCCGAAUUGUAUCUUUGAAGUCGACGACGUGGAGCGCGAAUGGACAGACAAUAACGACGCAUUCGACUUUAUCCACUUUCGCAAUGUCGCCCAGGGAAUUACCGAAUGGGACUACGUAUUAUCGGAGGCAUACCGCUGCCUCGAACCCGGCGGCUUCGUCGAGCUCUCCGAAACGGGGGCAAUGGCCUACUGCGACGACGGCACGAUGUCGGCGACCAACGCGACGAAGUACUACUGCGACCUGAUCGCGCGGGCGAUGACGCUAGUGAACCGACCACCGAUCACGUCGGGCGUGCUCCCGGCGCGCCUGCGCGCCGCCGGCUUCGUCGAUAUCCACUCGUUCGAGCUGAAGCAGCCGUUUGGCGUGUGGGCGAAGGAGGAGCGGCUCAAGCUUGCGGGAAGGUGCCUCCUGGAGCAGGCGGAGACGCUGUUUCAUUCUUACGGUAUGGCCGCGUUCACGAGGAUUCUGGGAAUGGACGAUGAGGAGGCGGACCAGAUCUGCCGCGAGGGCUGCGAGGCGGCUAGUGAUCCCAACACGCACAUUUAUUCUAUACACUAUAUCUCGUACGGCCGGAAGCCGCGGCCGGGAGAAAAUGUGGAGAAUUGGGAUGACGGGAGAUAGAUGUUUGAAUGAAGUCGAGUAGACGCCUGCCGUACAUGACGUGUCGUCGAGUGAUUCUUGGGAUUCGGUUUUUUUUUUCCAGUGAGCUUGUCUGGGUCCGUAAAAAGAAGGGCUUCCAAUAGGUACUGUAUCACGUGCCAUCACUCGCACGGCGAAUUUAGACCUCCACUCGUUUAUAUUAGGCGCUUGAUUCUUUCUCUCUCAUUUCUAUUAGAUACAUGGAGAGAACAUGUACCUUACAUAUGGACGGCGCGGGAGACUUAACGGAGUGGGAUCAAUACAUACAACUG